UCCAUUAAUUUUACCAGAUUUAGACACUUAACAAGGAAAUUAUCAUAUAAACCUACAUCAUGACACAUUGGUUCCAUAGAAACCCGCUUAAAGCGACUGCUCCACAGGAUUUUGAUGUUCGGAAAGUAGCUAUGAAAUCAGAUUUCAGUAAAAUUAUGGGGGAUUUAAGGCAAGCUAGAAGAACACUACUGGCUACAUUCACAGACCCAUCAGCUUCAACUGAAACAAUGGAAAAAGCAAGUGGAGCAUAUUUCUCUCUUUUAUUGGGACUUAUAAAUGCACCCUCUCCUAAAUCGGCAGAAACACCUAAAAAAGAAAAUGCUUCGGAAAGUCAAAGCGAUGACAAAACGGAUAGUGAUAAAUCAGAGACUCCUAGUGAGGAGGUCGAUCAAAAGCUGAAAACUUUUUUUCGCUUCAAAUGGUCACAAUCGCUUUGGAUUUCUAGACCACCAGUGGUGCAAGAGGAUGCUGAAUAUGAGCUUGUGAAUAUGGGCGUUAAUGUAGGAAUAUGGUACACGAAACAUGCUGCUCGAAUUUCAGACAAACAAGAUAUAAAUAUGGAUGACGCUAAGGAGGUUUUAAGAAGUUUGAAAAUUGCUGCCGGUAUAUUCAAAGAAUUCAAAGAUAAUAGAGUAGGACGGCUACUUGUCGAAGGUGAUAAAACGUCAGAUUUGGACCCAAGAAUUCUCGAUUGUUACAUCACAUGCUGCCAAGCGGAAGCGCAAGAAGUCACGCUUGCACGAGCAGUCGAAAUGAAACAUAGUCAUCACUUGAUUUCGUCUCUUUCGAAUGAUACGGCAUCGUUUUUUCAACGUGCGGAUGGCCAUCUCAAAGCUCUUGACCAAGAGGUGGUACUAAAAUGGAGGAAGUACCUCCAAUUAAAACAGGCUUUCUAUAAAGCUUAUGCUUAUUGCUACCAUGGCGAAACACUCCUUGGAAAAGAAAAAUGUGGCGACGCCAUAAAAUGCUUGACUGAAAGUGAAGCUCUAAGUGAAAAAUGUUUCAGCCUAUGUAAAGAGUACAUGUCGACCAAAGGUGCCGGUUCGACGGUUCGUCCGCAUGAGCAUAAUUUCUACCAAAGACUGCAGCGCCAAAUCCGUUUUACACUGGAUAAAUUGAAGCGGGAAAAUAGUUUCAUUUACUUUCAAAAAGUGCCGGAAGUUGUUCCAGAUAUGGAUCUCAAAGCAACGUAUGGUCUCGUAGAACCAGAGGUUUAUUCAGUCCCAGAUCUUAACCCUUCAUGGACAUCAACAAUCUACACUGGAUUUAACGUCAGCAAAAAUGUGGAAAACAAUAAAAAAGGAAAGAAACCUCAAAAGGAUGUUGACGUCGUGCCAGUGAAAGAACCUGAUAUCAAAGUAACCAGAGGAAGUGACUGUACUAUAUCAUAAACUUCAUCAAAAAAUGUUUUUGAUUGUUUAUUGUUUGAUACUUAUGAAGUUAAAAAAUCGAAUCAAUAUUUUAUCUUUUUUAGUUAAAUUUCUGAUCUUUGUAGAAAGCAAUUAUCUGAGUUUUUUGAAAUAUCAUAUUAUGUCUCGUUUGUAAUAAUUAAGUUGAAUGAUUUUAGUGAAAAUAGACUUGCAGCAGAAAAAAAUAUGUAAAAAAAUAUUUCUUGUUCAAAUUUUGUUAUUUAAUAAGAGUGAAACAUCAGCUUUCCGGAUUUCUACUUCUUAUACUUUCUCUAACCAUUUACUUGCCAAAAGAAUUGGCAAGUCAAUAUUGGGACAAAAACGUUGAAAAAAGCAUUUUUAGAUUCAAUUUUGGUAUUUGAUGGCACCAUAUACACGUUGUAUAUAUUAUAGUUCUUGCGUUCAAUGAAUAAUUAACUAACGAGCACAAUAUUUUCAAUUUUUUUCUUAUUUUCUGUGUCAUUUUACUCUUGUUGGACUUCAAUGAAGUUCAUACGGAUUUGCAAAGAUUAGCUGAAUUAGAUUCAAGUUAUAAAGUAUAAUCCUAAUCUCGUAAUUCACAAAAUUCCUAAUUGGGUAAUGCCUUUUCAGUAAAAGUUCGGAACAGGAACAGAUACUAAAUAGGCAGUUCCUUAUACAUUCGUUUGUGAAAAUGGCAUAUUUUUUAAUAAAUGAAGUAUAUCAGGGCCCAGGGGGGUCCAAGGUUCCGAGAUUGAAGUGCCGCAAAAAUCUUGAGGCCUUGCUAGCUGCAAAUAAAUGAAGCAUAAAUAAAACAAUGUAUUGUUUCUUGUUUUAGAUUUCUGCUUCAGGUCUGCGGACGCAUAAAAUGUGAACGUGCCAGAGUUUGGACCACUCUGAAGUAUAUAGUUAAAUGUCUAUAGUCGUUUAUUAUAACAGAUUUGAUCAAUUUAUGUCAAAUUCUAAACAAGGGCAGGUUAUAUUAGUGAAUUUUUCAAGGGAUAUCUGAUAUUUUUGAAGCUCUUGAAAUUAUCUCAAUCGGCACAGUUUCGGAACCACUGAUCCUGAUAAAUUUUUUAUUCCCAUAUAUUUUAAAAGCUGCCGUUUACGUAUAUAAUAUUUUGUUUCACUAGUUAUACAGUUAAAAUGCUUUUAUUUUUUUUUAUUUUUCUGUUAUAAAAAAUUGUGCUUGAUGAAUUUGGAAAACCUCUUACAUAUGAGCAAUAGUUUCAUUUAAAAACUGUUUGUGUGAUGUAUUCAUUUGAAACGUAGCUACAUAGGGGAACCCAACAAUCACUAGAGCAGCGUUUCUCAAACUUCAUGGCUCUGCGAACACAGAUUUUCUUGUAUCGAUAUGUGGCGCCUCCAUUUUAAUUUGAAAAUAGAUUAAGUAUUUACCAUAUAUACUAUAUAGAGACUUAAAAGAACUUUCUUAUUGUUUUUGCACCAAAUACUAUCAUAUAAAAUGUAAUGAUUUGUAACUAUCAGUUGAAAUUUCCUUGGUCCAUGCCUUUUUGCAAGUGGAUUCUUAUGCAUAUAUCGGAGAUGUAAAGUUAACAAUUCUAUUCAGUUCAAGAGUCCUGCUGCACACUAACACGAAUGUAUUUCUGCAACGUUUCGUUCUUAAAACAAGCAUUUUACAACUUUGACUUGUAAAUAACUUCAGAGACGAAACAUCAGACGAAACAUUAUCGAAAUACAUUUGUGUUAAUUCGCAGCAACACUCUUGAAUUAGGUAAAUAGAAUAAUCAUUUGUUGCUAGCAAUUGUAUUCUGCUAGGCUUCAUGGAUACUUGUAUAUAUAUGAAUAUUGUUAAAUUUUUGCUAUGCAUGCAAUUUAUUGUAUAUUGUAGACUGUAGUUCAUGUAAUCACAUUAUAUACCGUUUUAAUAUUUUCUGAUGAAAAUUAUCAUUUUUCCAUUCAUAUCUUCAGUAUUCCUUCAUGCUGAAACUUGUUAGUGAAUGGUCAAUCUAUGUUACACUGCAAACUUUUUUGCACUCGGAAGCUGACUUAUACUGUUUAUGUCGUAUAUUAACUCCCAUAUACAGUAAUUUGAUCAAAAAGGCACAAAUGAGGUAGUAGAUUAAAGAUUUUAGCUUCCCAUUUUUUUCUUGCUUCACCUUCCCCCUCUCUCCCCAAUAUUCCAGGCUCAAGUGAAUAUUUUUAUGACGUUUUGAAUAGGACACUGAAUAUGCUGCCAAUAAUGGGUAAAGAAACUAUCAUUUUUGAAUUUUAAAUACAGUAAUUUUGCUUAAAAAGGCAUAAAAGCGGUGGAUUGACGAUUCUAGUUUUCAAUUUCAUUCUCGCCGACGGCUGAUAUUCUGGCUCAGUGCGCUGGUAAGGAAAUAUCAUUUUUAAAUACUGGAAUCUUUACGGUUACGGUUUAUUGUAUUCAUUGAAUUUUUCAAAUCAGAGUAAUAGUGGGGCGAUAAUAUAAUUUUCGUAACAGCCUUUUAUUAUUACUGCACUUAAAUUUGAUGCUUGCAAUUGUCGCGUUAUAGAUUAUAUACUUUCAUUUAUUAAAGCCCACAUUGAUCAAAUUCACUUUUCCAAGUCCAGAAAUCAAUGAAGCAUGAAUUGGCAGCAUUUGUAUCUCGUUUUUGGUAGAAUACAUACCUGAAUUCAGACAGUACUUACCGUAAUUUUUUGUUGUUGAUGGAUUUGACUUGUUAUUUUUUCGCUGCUACAUCGCUAUGCUGGCAUCCCUAUAUUUCAGUUUUUCAGCAACAGGGAGUGUUUUGAAUUUUUUUUUUGUCCAUCUUAUGUUUUGGUUAUUAAUGUUACAUUUGUGUAAGAAAACAAUAUUUUAAUUUAAAAGCCAGCAUCUACACUUCCCAAUUGGCAUAAGCUUAUUCUGGCCAGUAACGCUUCAUUGAUUAAAUAGUCAAGUAGCCCAGAUCACUUUUAUUGUACAUAAAUGCUCUUUAAUUUGUGUUUUAUUUCAGAA